AUGUCUUUUUAUGAUUCGAUCUCGCAACUAAUUAAGCUGCCAUUUGAUUGCACUUACAAGUGCACGUCGUCUGACACCGAGUCGGUGCGCCUUCUCGACUCAAACUUUUAUACCAAAAUCUUGCACGAUGAUUUAUUCUCUGAUUACAAUAGACUGAUUAGACCUUCAAAGAACCACUCUUACAAGCUGAUAGUCAAUAUUGGUCUCAAGUUGACGCAAAUUAUUGACAUUAAUAUGAAGCAGCAAGUAAUGACGACCAAUUUAUGGCUUGAGCAGACCUGGAACGACUACAAACUCACCUGGAAUCCAAAAGAGUACGGCGGAGUAGAGUUUAUCAACGUUCCAGCUGAGCAGAUUUGGCUUCCAGACAUUGUCCUUUUUAACAAUGCAGACGGAAACUACGAGGUCACACUGAUGACAAAGGCGACAGUGUACUCAACCGGCAUGAUAGUGUGGAACCCACCGGCAAUGUACAAGAGCACUUGCAAAAUUGACGUCGAGUACUUUCCAUUCGAUCAGCAAUCCUGUCUGAUGAAGUUUGCCAGCUGGACUUAUGACGGCCAUGAGGUCGACAUUCGACACGUCAAACAGGACAAAGGCUCAACAGUGGUGGAGAUGGGCGUAGACAUGAGUGAGUUCUACCGAAACGUCGAGUGGGACAUUCUGCUGGUGCCGGCGCAGUACAAUGAGGAGUACUACGAGUGCUGUAAGGAGCCCUAUCCGGACAUAACCUUCAACAUAACCAUGCGACGGAAGACACUCUUCUAUACGGUCAAUCUCAUCAUUCCAUGCGUGGGCAUUUCUUUCCUCACCGUUCUCGUCUUUUACCUGCCAUCUGACAGUGGUGAAAAGGUCACAUUGUCAAUCUCAAUUCUCAUUGCCCUCACUGUGUUCUUUCUCCUAUUGGCUGAAAUCAUCCCGCCAACCAGUCUUGCCAUUCCCCUUCUCGGGAAGUACCUGCUCUUUACCAUGAUUUUGGUCACUUUAUCAAUAUGUGUGACCGUGGGAGUGCUCAAUAUUCACUUUCGAUCACCGUCAACGCACAUUAUGCGCCCCUGGAUUCGCAAAGUGUUGAUUCUCAUUCUUCCUCGACUUUUACUCAUGAAGAGACCUUCCUCUCGAGAAUGGCACGAUGCAUUGACAGAGGUUGGCAGGAGAAAUCGCACUAGAACUCGAAGUGAAAAGGCCAAUGGCUGGAAUCAGUCUUAUCAAGUUAUUCAAAGUCGAUUUCGAAACAAUCAGUCGCUGUACAAGGUGGAGUCCCUUGAGUCGGUUCCGAAUGAGGACUGCAUGGAUUCUGAACUGGAAUACAUGCCGACUAACCCGAAUGAGAGCUCAGAGUAUGAUGAUCAGAUGGAACGACCAGCACACGUCUACACUGCCGAACAGAUACAAGAAAUCAAUCACUAUUACGAGCAGAACUGCGCCAAUUUGCGACAAGUCUUCAAUCGACCUGAAGUGCAAAAAGCCAUAAAGGGCAUCAUUCACCUUUCAGACCACAUCAAGAAGGAUGAAGCUGACAAUAAUAUCAUGGAGGACUGGAAGUUUAUCGCUAUGGUUCUUGAUCGACUUUUUCUUUGGAUAUUCACACUGGCCGUCUUCUGUGGCACUAUUUGCAUCAUUCUUCAGGCGCCCUCACUGUACGAUCAGCGAAUUCCAAUCGAGAGCGAGUUGGUUCUCAGCAACUAG